UCCGUCUGCGGGCGCGGCGCGGGCAGGAGGUAGGGCGGGCGCGCUCGGGCCGAGCCCUGCGGCUUUAGUUUUAUUUUUUCCCCGCCGCCCCCCGACGACCCCAACCCUCCUCACCGCCUUCCUUUCCCCUUCCCCAGCCCCGCCAUGUCGGCCUACCUGCAGUGGAUGGUCAUCCGCAACUGCUCCAGCUUCCUCAUCAAGCGCAAUAAGCAGACUUACAGCACCGAGCCGAACAACUUGAAGGCCCGGAACUCAUUCCGCUACAAUGGACUGGUUCACCGCAAGACGGUCGGCGUCGAACCCGCGGCCGACGGCAAAGGCAUCGUGGUGGUGCUGAAGAGGCGCGCAGGCCAGCGGAAACCCGCCACCUCUUACGUGAGGACGACGAUCAACAAGAACGCCCGGGCCACGCUCAGCAGCCUCCGGCACAUCAUUCGCAAAAACAAGUAUCGCAAGGACUUGCGCAUGGCGGCCUUGCGCCGGGCCAGCGCCAUCCUGAGGAGCCAGAAGCCGGUGGUGGUGAAGAAGAAGCGGGCCCGGGCCCCCAAGAGUGCCUGAGAACCUCUACGGGGGCACCCUCCCCAUCCCCAAUAAAGCGUCACCACGUGA